AUGGACUCUGCGGCGGAAAAAAAGCGACUCGAGAAACUCGCCCGUGUGAGGGAGAACCAGCGCAAAAGCAGAGCGAGACGUCAAGAUCAUCUUCACGAUCUCGAGCAGAAAGUGCUUGGCCUGCAAAAAGAGCUUGAUCGCAGAGAUGUGGAGAACAGACUCGCCGUCCAGAAGCUGGAGGCUGAAAACAAAAAGUUAAGGGAUCUCCUCUCUGCCUCGGGUGUUCCGUCGGACGCGCUGAACGCGUAUCUCCAGAGGAUGGACAACCCGGUGAUGGCGCAAAAGGUUGCAAUCCCGGCUCUUCAGCGGUCAAAUAUGAAGGCAGCGUCUUCAUGUGCUCAGAAGCCUACUAGCGAGUCGUGUACCUCGGACAUCCCGGAGGAUAAAAACACAAGCAUUGAGACAACUACAAAUAUCCCGACAGAAGUACGACCUGGAAAAGCCGAGAAGACCCCUUCCCCCGAGAUAGAGUCAUUCUGUGGCUGCUCGCCCGAGGAAGGAUUGGAGACCCUGCCCAUUAGCGAGCGCGUUCUCAACACGACAUUCUGCGGGAUUGCCGAGCAGUUGGUCGAGCAGUACAACACGCGCGGGGUGGACAUCUCUGAAAUUCGAGAGAAGCUACGCGAAGGAUUCUUUCGUGGCCUCGCUGAAGAAGGGUGCAGAGUGCAGAAUCAGAUUCUAUUUCAAGUUCUGGAUGAAAUAAGCGGACAAUAG